AAACAAAAUCAGAGAGAGAAAAAAUAAAAGGAAAACAAAACAAAACAAAACAAAGAAAGACACCAAACAACGAAGGCGAGGCGGGAGAGCGAGCGGCGACUUCCCUCGCCAUUCCCCUUGACUCUCUUUUCCUUCUUCUUCUUCUUUAAUUUUCUUCUUUUUUAAUUUUCUCGUAAGGAAAGAAAGAAAAAAUAUAUCGUAAGGAAAGAAAAAGGAAAAACACGAACGAGGAGAAGAAAAAAAACAGCGGGAGCAACGGAAAAUAGAAGAAAUUCAAAGAUCAAAAUCCGAUUUUCUCCCAAUUAGUUUGACCUCCCCGCAACCGUUUCUCACCAACAUCAUUCUUCUUCUCCAUUCCUUCUCUCCGAUUUUUCCAUCCUCCUCUGUCGUCUCUCUUUCUCCAUGAUAUGGAUUUCCGACCGUCGUCCACCAGCACCGACGAGCUGCCAUGGAAAGAACGGAAGCGAUAGGCAUUUGAAUUUUUUCGGAAGAACAUGAUUGUUUUUGUUUCGAUUUCUCGCCACCAUGCGCUGGCCAAGCCUCUCCGCGUUCUCUUUCUCUUCCGCGCCUUCCUCUUCCGUAACUUCUGCUAAACCCGCCGCCGUCGCCGACGAAACGGCGCUUCAAAACCACAAGAAGAAUGGUCAGAACCUCCGCAGCAGCACCUUCGGCUUCCGAUUCAGUUCCAGCCCCGGCAGCACCCCCAAGCUCACGCGCCAGCGCAAGCUCCGCCAUCUGACCGACAAGGAUGUCGCCAGCAGCGACGGCAUCCCUGCCUCCUCCAGAUCGUCGCCGCCCGAGCCGCUCAAGCUCUCGCGGUCUCAAAGCACUUCCUCGUCGCCCCCGAGGAUCUCCACCAGGGUGCCGCCUACCUCUCCUGUCCCCGUCCCCGUCCCUCUCCCUUUGCCCCAGCCGUUGCGCGGCGAGAAUCUCAAUACCGUCGGCGAGGCCGACUUGCGGUUGCGGUCUCCCAAGGAGAAAGAGCACGAUUCUUCUCGAGAGAGAAGUAAUGGCGGUGGAAUCGGCCCUUCUCUUUCCACUUCCGCUCCUUCCAGUGCGGGGGAACAAUAACAGUGUAUUGGUUGGCCGAGAAACAAAGAAGAAGGCAGAGCAGCAGCACCAGGAGACGAGGUCGAGUCUAGAUUUAAGCAAUUAUAGGCACAACAAAGCCGCUAAGAGUACAUCUGAUACUCCGUAUGCAAGUCCCGAAAUCAGUCCACAGAGGAUAAGGCAUGCUUUCAUCACAUCUCCAUACAACAACCUGAUUCCAAACGGGAAGCAAGGUUGGUCUGCACCCGAGAUGGCUACACUAGAUAUACCAGGGCUCCCACCACCUGCAUUUUUAGAUUUGAGUAGUGAUAGUUCGCCCAUUCAAAGCCCCGCAGCAACCAGAAGUCCUCCAUCUCCUGUGGCUGCUAGAACUUCGUUUGAGACUUCAACUGCCAGGCAACGUGACAACAAUGCAAGUGUAGAGGUCCACAAGUUGCCUCUUCCUCCAGGAGCGAAUCUGUUAUCUCCAACUCCGACGGCUGCUGCUGCUGUCGUUCCUCCUGUUGCCGCUGCUGCUAAACAAGAGUCUGUACCCAUGAAAAGUCAGUGGCAGAAAGGGAAGCUUAUUGGGCGUGGUACGUUCGGAAGUGUUUAUGUUGCCAACAACAGGGAAACUGGGGCCUUAUGUGCAAUGAAGGAGGUUGAUAUGUUUCCUGAUGACCCAAAAUCUCAAGAAUGCAUAAAGCAACUAGAGCAGGAAAUUAAAGUUCUUAGCCAGUUGAAGCAUCCAAACAUUGUGCAGUAUUAUGGUAGUGAAAUAGUUGAGGACCACUUUUAUAUCUAUUUAGAGUACGUCCAUCCCGGUUCAAUCAAUAAGUAUGUCCGUGAUCAUUGUGGAGCUGUAACAGAAUCCAUCGUUCGUAGUUUUACCCGCCAUAUCCUCUCUGGAUUGGCAUACUUGCAUACCAUGAAGACAGUACACAGGGACAUAAAAGGAGCAAAUUUGCUUGUGGAUGCAUCUGGGGUUGUAAAGCUAGCAGAUUUUGGGAUGUCAAAACAUCUUACUGGACCAGUAGCUGAGCUUUCAUUGAAGGGAAGUCCUUACUGGAUGGCACCAGAGCUUAUGCAAGCUGUUAUGCAGAAGGACAAUAACUCUGAUCUUGCACUUGCUGUUGACAUUUGGAGCUUAGGCUGCACGAUCAUUGAAAUGUUCACUGGGAAACCUCCUUGGAGUGAGUUUGAGGGUGCCGCAGCUAUGUUCAAAGUAAUGAGGGACACUCCACCUGUACCCGAAACAUUGUCAGCCGAUGGCAAGGAUUUCCUUCUUUGGUGCUUCAAAAGAAACCCUGCAGAGCGGCCGUCAGCUAGCUUGUUACUAGAACAUCGGUGGUUAAAACAGCUGCAUGAUGUUCCACCCUCAUCUACACCACAAAUCAAUGGCCCUAAACCAAUGGACACGAGCCGUAGCCUUAGAGUGACUGAUUGCAGCACUAGUAGGGCCGAUCCAUUGCCACCAAAACUUCCAACCUCACGAAGCUCCAAGGGGAAGUUCGUCUCUGACAAUUGGCAGCCCUCCGAUGUUAAAUACUCGUGCUGUUCAGCAAGAGCGCCCAAUGAUCUCGUGAGAGUUGAGACCCCAACAUGAUCCCCUGACAGUAGUUUUCCCCUGAUUUUUGGGGCAGGGUUCUCUCAAUUGCAAAGGAACUCAGUCCGAUCACAGAAGCAAACCUCGGCCUAGUGUAUUUUGCUUGGCGACGAAGUAAGCUGACUAGAGGAAUAGAGAAUCGAAGUCCCUCCUGAUUGGCAAAUGUAUACAUAUGUACUAUAUAAUUUUUGAGCCAAUUCAGGGUAGUACCCUUAGUUUAGAUGAGGGGUAUCCCUGACUGAUUGGUUUCUUACACGGAUUCUUCUUCCCAGCUGCCAGGGCGGUGAUGGUGACUGCGACGUCUUGUUGCUUUAUGUAAUGUGUGUAAUAUACUUUCCUGGAAGGUGGAGAGAAGAAGAGGAGGAAGGUGUUGUUUUGCCUCCAUCUCCCAUUGUUUGUGUAAUAUAAUGUUGAGGAGGGAAGCAGACUGUGUAGAGACAGAGUGUAGGAGAAAAGGCAAGACUGGAAAAAGGAAGAGUGUUCUUUCUUGCCUUUUAUUUGAAGGACACAAGGAAUGAAGAUCCACCACGAGGGUGGUAACAAGAAGGCCGGAAGGUUUUUCCGUCCCCUGUACGAGGAGAUGCCAAGCAUCUCUCAUCUGUAUGAACACGAAGACAUAAGGAGUGUGAUUGUUAAGACAAUGGCCUUAGUUCAGUUUGGUUUCUUGAUUAUGUAAAUUUGCGUUAGAGAAACAAAGGACUCCCCUUUUUGUGCUGCCAAGGUGUUGAAUUUAUCAUCAACGAUGAAUACGUGGAUUUCUUGGACCCACGCUGGUGGAUCUUUUUUCAGGCCCAAUUGUUCUCUCCUUUCCUGGGAUGGGCCGAGUUUUAGAAGGAGGGCAUAUGGUCCUUUUCCUGUUUGGGAUAAAUCUAUAUACCGCAAGAAUGGAAAAUUUGAA